AUGAGCUUGAUCGAGGGCGAUAAGUUUGUCAAUGCGGAGGGAGCAAUCUUCUUGCAGCGUGCCGCUCCACCAGAAUUCUACUGUGCUUUAGGUGCUUCGGGUCAGAUCAUGGAGACUCGUGCAUUGCCUGGUGCCAUCUUGGCCCAAGUCACAGACCAACCUCCGCAGGCAUCGGCGCGAAGCUCAGAGAAGCUCCGAGAUCAGAGCCGCCGAGGAAGAAUGGAUGUCGAUCCAAGUCCUGCGCUGGAGGCACAGCGGAAGGCUCACCCAGAGCUCUCCGAGCAGCUGGAUAAAAUGCAGAAAUUCGUAAACAGCAAGCUGUAUCACCAACUCACCCAGACUCUCCUGGAGUACCUUGUAAGUCCUCCGUUUGCUGCUGCCACGCCGGCGGUGGCGGCCGAGUUGAAGGAUUUUUUCGAGGGCUUCAUAAAGGCUUUUGAGGUGAGAUUCGACAAAGUGCGAUGGGUUCAGAUUCUCUCAAUCGUGGCGAAGCCACAGACGCCGGCGGUGGCAUUGGAGCUGAUCGCGCCUUUCGAGGCCACCAUGGCCGAGAAUCGCGAUGCCAAGUUCCUUUGUCAGGCUCUCAAGGGCGAAAAGCUCAUCCUGUCGGCAGACACGGAGUCGGCCAAGGAACUCUUGGAAAACUUGGGGCUGGAGAUAGACAAUGCCUACGAGGUGCAAGCGCUCAUCCAGUCCCAUUUCCACAAAACCAAUGCCUUGCUCUGGAAGACCCUGGGCCGUUCGCAGGAGUUUUACAAGAGCUCCAUUCUGUACCUGGCCUUCACGCCUCUGGAAGCGAUUCCUAUGGAGGAGAGGCCACAGAUCGCUUUCGACACAGUGAUAGCAGCGCUGGUCGCCGAGGAGGAAUUCAACUUUGGUGAACUCACGCAGCAAGCGAUCAUUCAGUCUCUCGAUGGCUCGCCCUUUGCAUGGGUCAGAGAUCUCCUGCAGGCCUUCAGUGAAGGCAAGUUUGACUUGUUCGAUGCGGCCAUCGCCAAGAACAGAACGCAGAUGGAGGCAAGCCCUGAGCUGAAGUCUGCGGAGGCCACGCUGAGGCGGAAGAUGUGCGCUUUGUCGCUCAUGGAGCUGGCUUUCAGGCAGGUAGAAACGGGCAGAAGAGAUGGUGUAGCUUUUCAGACAUUGCAGAUGCUGGUGCGCGAAUAUGCAAACGCUACAAUCCGCUACAAGUUGACCAGGACGUAUUUCGGCAACGAAGGCAAAGAGCCGGAUGUGCUUUAUCCUUGGCCUCUUCGAGAUCUCGCAGCCGAGCGGCUGCAGGAGGCCGCGGCCAAGAAGCGCCCCACGCAUGCGCUGCGUGAUGGACUUGGCUUCCUCGUCGAGGCUUCGCCAAGCGCGCUGCCCGCUGGAGUCGAGGCCGGCGUUUUCGUAGGCCUCUUCAGCUUGUCGUACACGAGCAACGAGGACAAAGUGGAGGACUGGAUGGUGUCAGGUGGCACGCCGCCCAAGCACAAUCCCAUCCGCCUUUGGAGCAUGUUCUCCUACCAGUACUCAGAAACACGUGGCCGAGUACAGCCGGACGAGCUGGGGGAUUCUUGCUUCGGAGAGAACUGGCGGGCGGAGCUUUGUGCUCGCGUUUGGACGUGUUUUAUCGGGCGUGGCAAAGAAGGCAUUGGUGGAGGUCGCUGGCGGGUAGCUGCAGGCGUUCGCUUUGCGGCGACCUACCGCAUUGAGGCUUACCUGGGCCCACCCUUGUCUUCUUGCAGAUCAUAUCUGUCGGAUGAGGAGCAGCAGCUUCAUCCACCAGUGUCCUGGUGGGCGCCUCCUGUCUCGGAGCACACCGUCGAGUCCAUGUCUUCGGUUGUGCAGCAUGCCGCGUGGUCUCAACUACGCCUGCUGUACGUCAACCGCGAGAACUACUGGUGGGGGCAGCAAGCCCAGGUUCAACCUGCCAGCUGUUGGCUGGACCUGAUGCAGGCAGCUGUUCACAGCGCAUCGCUAGCCCCAGCAGCUGCGCCCGAGAGGCUUGGCCGGCAGCCGACACCUGACAGUCCGCAUGGUCUCUGGCUGGAGUUCGGUGUUGGGUCUGGCAAGACGACAGCUGCGAUCGCUUUCCAGAUGAAAGCCAUGGUGGGCAAGGAAGCAAUACUGCAUGGAUUCGACUCCUUCGAGGGCUUGCCGUCGGACUGGGACCACACGCAUUUGGCAGCGGGCACCUUUAGCAGAGGUGGGAAGAUCCCGGAACAUCUGCUGGAAAUGCCGAACGUCAAGAUCCAUGUGGGCCUCUUCUCUGACACUCUAGGUGACCUCGAUCAAUUUGGAGACAUGCCCGUGGCGUUUGCACACAUCGACGUCGACAUUUUCCCAUCUGCGGUCGAGGUCCUCUCUCGGAUAGCCUGUCAGCUUUGGCCGGGCUCAGUGCUUGUCUAUGAUGAGCUGGUGAAUUAUGUUGGCUUCGAGCUUUCUGGUGAGUACCGUGCAUGGGAGUAUGUUGCUUCUGCCUACGGCAUAGGCUGGCAGUAUGCUGGCAUGUACUGGCAGCAGGCUGUCCCAAUGAUCAUCACCGAGCGCGGACGGCAACGGAUGUCUGUCUGUCCGCGGAGCUUGUCCCAGAAGAAGGGACACAGCGUCAGCAUGUGGAAAGAGUCGAAAGUCGUGAUCAUCGACUCAAGCUCUCGUUUCACUGCAGCCACUAUCAGCUACCAGUCAUUGAAAGCGUCUUGCAACACAUCUGAGCGCAGCUUGAGCCAGCCCAUGCCAUGCUUGCUACUUGCACAGUUUGCAGUGCAGAUGGGCGCAAAGCGACGGCAACGGCAAGAAAUGCACACCUCAGCGCCUGAGCUGAAGGUGGAGCAUCUGGUCAUGCGCUCGAUGUGUGCAGAACUUAUCCGCGGGCAGAUCGACGAGGCGGAGACUGAAGCUUUCCAACCCAUGCUGCGACGCUUGAAAGUGAGCGAGUUGGUCACCGUCACCUGGGUAAAGCCGCGAAUCCUAGACCCUGUCCGUAUAGACCUGAUGCGCGAGCGAAUGGAUGCGUGGGCUUCGCAGACAGGAUUGCUCCUGGAGCACCUGGAGCAAGUUACGCCCGAGCUUCUGGUGUCGGCCGACUCAGAUGCUCUUCUCCGCCGCCACUUGCCCAAGACGCCUAAUCCCAAGAUGGCGGCAGAAGUGCAGAAGGAGGCCAGCUCCUUCCCAAGCCUGGCAAGCCUCUGGCCCUUUGCAAGCGAUGCAGGCAAAGCUGCAGAGGAGACACCGCAGGAGCGACCGGAGACGAGGAAUGCCGCGGAGCCUGCGGAGGCGGCGGCGGAGCCCUCCAAGCCCUCCACAGCGCAGCUUGGCCAGUCCAGAGCCAGUGCAUCAUUGCGUCCACCAUCUGGCUCCGAUGAUGCGGAAGCAGCCGGCUCACUGCCGCUGCCGACGUCUCGCUCGCUCCGUGAGUCUGCCAUAUCGUCGACACCCCAAGGGUCGCCGUCGAGCAGGCGGGCUCGAACAGGCCGGGAAAGCUCUGGCGAGCCCGGAAGCCCUGGUGCACGGUUCUCUGCAGCACGAGCGUCAGUCGAGGGGCAGGUCGCGUGA